CAAAAUGUUGGAGCUUUUUGUGCCAGUAGAUACAGAAGUCACUCCACUCAGGCAACAAUGCGGUGGUGAACACACCAAGAAGAAAGGGAAACGAGUUUAACAGAGGGCCAAGUUUUCAUUAAACGAAAAGGAAGCAAAGCAUCCACCACCAUGACCUCGGAUAAGAAACCCUUGGAGACAACCUCCUCCUCCAUCACUCGUACCGCCUUGGAUGCUCUGUCAUCCAAAUGGUCUGCCAUUGUAGUCGGCUACAAGCCCAUGCCACAAAAUGGCUCUCUCUAUGAAAACCUCAUGGAACGAAUGAUGAAUCUUCCGACUACUCAUCAGCACCAAGAAAACUACUCCAAACAACCUCCUCGACAGUCCCCAUUGGUCAGUGCUGGAUACGCCAUGCGCAUUGCCAGUAUAGCACACGUCGUGCAUUCCUUUGUGUCGUUUCAUCAUCAGUCAAAACAACAACAACCCGUCAAUAUUGUCUUUUUGGGAUGUGGCAUGGAUGUCUUGGGGUUGUGGGCCAGCAGUCUUGCCGAAGAAAAGACGACCAUUUCGAUUUGGGAAUUGGAUGUGCCAGAAAUUGCACUGGCCAAGAAAUCCCGGUUACUGCAAGGCAAAUUUGUAAAAGAAGAAGAAAGUCAUGACAAUGGCAAUGAAUCGGACGAUUCCUUAGUUUUGAAGGGUCACAUUCUCCAAACAGCACCUGUACAACAGAUCGACAACAACAACUAUCACUUGCUAGGAGCAGACCUAAGGGAUCUAUCCUCCUUGGACAACACGCUGGGAAGAGCCAUGAAAGCGGCCCACUCCAACGAGAGGCCCACUCUUGUUGUCUUUGAGCUUGUACUGGCGUAUUUAGAACCAGAAAAUACAGACCAGGUGCUCCAAUGGUGUGCCGACAAUCUUGUAUCAGGCCCUGGGAGUGCAUUGGUGGCUUUUGAAUCCCUGGGUCCAACCGCAAACGAUCAGCAGUCCUCGGAAAUCAAAACGUACUCCACAACUGUACCCUCUGUUGUGCGGGCCUAUCAAAUGCACUACACACGACAAUUCCAAGCCAAAUUGGAAAAGGGUCGCUCAACAACAACCAACCACAAACAACAACCAUCCAUGUUUCAUCCACUGGGAUCUUCCGCUGACACUGUGGAGCAACGACUUUGUGGCUUCUUCUCGAAAGCUCAUGCGUGCACAGCGGCCACCGCUGCACAAUGGGCCGCAUGGGAACAUCCCAAUACGGUUCAUCUGACAGUGCCACCAGGAGAACUCUUUGAUGAACAUGCUGCAUUGUCACUGCAUUUGGCUUCCUACACGUUGGUCGUCGCCAUGAAGAACGACACUGUCGCGACCCUCGAGCAGUUUCAAGUCCAACAACGGUUGUGUCCUUGGUACUACCAAGGGUGGACCAAGAAGGUUGACAACCACAACAAUAAUGACAGCGCCACAUGCUGCUACGUAACCAUCAUUGAGCAGGAAGAUGAAGCCAACGUGCGAACCAUCUUUGAAGACACCUACAAAGAGUUGAGUCAACAACAUUCUGCGGUCCGAAAAAUGGUCAAGUCGGCCCUGAAGCAAGAACUGGCACAAUCGACGCGUCCUCGUCACUCUUCUAGUAGUAUACGACAAUGGUAUCAAAGGAAUGGCGGUGACUUUUUCGUGGCAGUCCAAUAUCGACGUCAACAAGGAUGUGAGGAACGGGAAGUAGUGGGAGGGAUUGGGGUGCGGAGAUGGAAGUCGGGGGACGAACACGGUAGUACAUUUGAAAUCCACCGGUUCUUUGUGGAAACGACAUGCCGCAGGCAAGGGAUUGGGAAAUCGCUCUUGCAAAUGGCCGAGUCGUUCGUGGAGGACUACCGAGUGUCUGGUCGGGCGUCAUCGAAAUAUCGGGUACAGGCAACGACGCUUGCCAAUCUAGAGCAAGCCAAUCAUUUCUACCCGACGCACGGCUACAAACUGGCCAAGGAAGAGACCAUAGGACCUUUGACUCUGAUGACAUACUCCAAGGCAUUCCCUGCUGGACGUGUUGUAUUGCCAACGGAGAAGAAUAAGGAUUUGUAAUCACUACAUUUGCGGUUGCGUCAUCCAAUGGAUGCGGACAAUUUUCAAGAUGUGAACUAGCUGGUACCGCUUGCCAGAAAAGCAGGCCAGAUAACCACAUGCAUGGAUUCCAGCUAGCUAAGGGCAGGUCAGAAGGGAUCCCUACUUGAUUAUGGCUUGCCUAUAUAGCUCAGUACUUGUAACUAGUCAAGUCUGCCAAAUCAGUUGAAGAACGCUUGUCAGUAGACAGAGGAAAGGUACCUAUUCAAGUGGGUUGAGUUGCUCCAGAGUUUUCUUCAUGCAAUAGUCUUUAUUAUUCUUACUACUAUACAAGAUUCUGGGUUCUCACCACCAAUAUCGUUUUGUGCAGCCUCUUGAGUCGAGUCUCAUGCUGUUGUGGCGUGAGCAAGAGGCUGUGGCUUCGGGUUCUUGCGUGCAAACAAUGUUCUCUUGAGCUUUCUCUUGGCAGACUGCAACAUCUCUUCUGUGCGUUCGAAAACCUUGCUCUGUUUCAUGGUCUCUUGACGGUUUUUCUUGAUGCGGUAGACUUCAUUCUCGGCCUCAAUGAUAUCAUCGAGGCGGACACCCAUCUUUGUCAACAUAUCGCGUCGGGUUCCAACAGUCAAGACAGUGACUGGCUCUUCUUUUGACGACACCUUGUCAUCAUCUUUGUAUCGCUUUCCCAGUUCAUAGGCAUUUAGGUCCAUCACAUCGCCUUCUUCAUAUUCCCAUCCAAUGCUAAGUGGAGGUCCACUGCGGACAUCGGGAUUAUCUCCGAGGAUGCGAUCGAAACUUCGGAUCUGAAUCGAAGAAAACCCCACUCGGGUCAACCGUUCCAUGGAAUCAUUAAAAUUUGUGGAAGCAGUCGAAGCAACAGUCGAUGCUGUGAAAUCAGUACUAGUCAAAUCCUCAAUGGCUGGAGCCUUGAGUGGUUGUGCUGGGGAUGUCAUGAUUGCAGUUGCCUUGUUGUGUUGUUCCGGUACAUGUAGUUCAGUUUUGUGGAAAGAAGAGUGGGUGGAGGGAUUUGCUGUGGGCGAACUGGCUGCUGAUAGCGGUGGCACCACCGACUGAUUAAAAACUUGAUGACUCUGCCAGGUACAUGUACCGGUUGGUCUUGGUUUGCCAAAACGGGAGGUGUGGAUUUAGAGAUUUGUCAUGGUAAAAAGCGCCAGGGCACUGGGAACGAACCUUUUGUGAAAUCAGAAGGUGGGACAUAAAUAGUUGACACCGGAUAAUCUUUGUAAUGGGUAGA